AUGGCUGCCUAUCCCCCUACAACCACCAGCAUCAAGUCUCUGCUGGCCACCUUCCAGAAAUGGACUCCUGACUCACUCAAGCGUUACGCUUCUUUCCGCGACUUUAGCGUUGAACGUUACGAGACUCUGUUGGCUGGUUCCCAGUCUUCACUCAAUGCUCAGGCCCUGGCGGUCCGUGCUCGUGCUGCUGACACUCUUCAGAAGAAUACAAACAAAAACUCCUUUGUUGUUACAGACCGUCUGCUUCGCCCUGUAUCAAAUCCCAUCUACUACGAGCGUCUUUGCCGCGAGCUGGCCCCGGGGCAACCCAAGACACCCAUGCUGACUGCCAUCCGCCAUGUUAUUUUCGGUGGUUACGACUAG